CGCAGUGAGAAGGAAGCCAUAUUUAUGUUUUCUGCUUCUGCGUUUCAUGUUGUACUGCUAAAGUCCUACCACUAGACAAUGCUGCACAACAACUAACAGAAUCAACAUCAAUAUCAGAAUGUUUGAUAAUUUCAAAGAACGUCUACAAAAUGUGCAGCAUGAUUUAACAACAGGUUUGAAGAAUCUAACAACAAAAGCUAAAGAAGUUGGCAAGACAGGUAGGCGAUCAGAAGUACCAGUUGGCAGUCCUGAAUUCAUCGCUAAACCUCCACUGGAUGCAGGUGCUGAGUUACUUAACAAAUAUCAACUGGAAUGGAUAGAUUUACAUAGAGACAUUGAAGACAGUGCAAAGAAAGCAAUAAUAGUUGAUAAUGAAAUACUGAAACAACUUUCAAAGUUUGAGAAGCAGGUGGAUGCGUUAUCACAGUUCAAUAACCAGUUAACGAGUUUACCAAAACUAUCAGAAGAUUUACAGAAUGUUGCCAUAUCCAUAGGCUCACUAGAAGGUCAGUUUGAGGAGGUAGAAGGAAUGAUGACAUAUUUAGAAGAUCUUUGUGAUGAGGAAGAGCAUAUACGAAAUGUGCAGGGUCAUAAGAAUCAAAUGUUGGCUUAUAAAGAAAUUAAAAGACAAGAAGAAGAAGUUUUAAAAGCUCAGCUUCAGUCAGAAUAUGAACAGAAAGUGAGAGAAAUAGAAAGAAAUGAGAAUGCCAAAAUGGAAGAAAGGCAGAAGACAUUUCAAGAUGUAUUUAAUCGAGAUAUGCAGCAUUAUAAAGAACAUGGAGAAAUGAACUGUAAGAAUUAA